CCCCACCCUCCCUCUCUCUUCCACACACACACUCACACACAACAAUGGCUCUCACUGAGACUGCAUUAAACACAGAUCUCUCUGUUCAUUCAACCUUCGCCUCUCGAUAUGUUCGAGCUUCACUUCCCAGGUUCAGGAUCCCGGAGAAUUCUAUCCCUAAGGAGGCAGCUUUCCAGAUCAUAACAGAUGAACUGAUGUUGGAUGGGAACCCUAGGCUUAAUCUUGCAUCCUUUGUGACCACAUGGAUGGAACCUGAGUGCGAUAAGCUUAUCAUGGAUUCUAUCAACAAGAACUACGUUGACAUGGAUGAGUAUCCUGUCACCACCGAGUUGCAGAAUCGAUGUGUUAAUAUGAUAGCCCAUCUCUUCAAUGCACCUCUUGGAGAAUCAGAGGCUGCAGUUGGAGUUGGGACUGUGGGAUCCUCAGAGGCUAUAAUGCUGGCUGGGUUAGCAUUCAAGAGAAAGUGGCAGAACAGGAGAAAGGCUGAGGGAAAACCCUACGAUAAGCCUAACAUUGUCACUGGAGCCAAUGUUCAGGUCUGCUGGGAGAAAUUUGCGAGGUACUUCGAGGUGGAGCUGAAAGAAGUGAGGCUAAGGGAGGACUACUAUGUGAUGGACCCUGACAAGGCAGUGGAGAUGGUGGAUGAAAACACUAUCUGUAUUGCUGCUAUUCUUGGCUCCACUCUCAAUGGAGAAUUUGAAGAUGUGAAGCGCUUGAAUGAUCUUUUGGUUGCGAAGAAUAAGGAAACUGGAUGGGAAACUCCUAUCCAUGUUGAUGCGGCAAGUGGUGGGUUCAUUGCCCCAUUUAUUUACCCAGAACUUGAAUGGGAUUUCCGAUUGCCAUUGGUGAAGAGUAUCAAUGUUAGCGGCCACAAAUAUGGACUUGUUUAUGCUGGAAUUGGUUGGGUCAUCUGGAGGAGCAAAGAGGACUUGCCUGACGAACUCAUCUUCCAUAUUAACUACCUUGGAGCCGAUCAGCCCACCUUCACCCUCAAUUUCUCCAAAGGUUCUAGUCAAGUCAUUGCUCAAUAUUAUCAGUUGAUUCGCAUGGGUUUCCAGGGAUACAAAAACGUAAUGGAGAAUUGUAGAGACAACAUGGUGGUACUUAAAGAAGCACUGGGGAAGACAGGGAUGUUCAACAUAAUUUCAAAGGACAUUGGAGUUCCAUUAGUGGCAUUUUCUUUGAAGGACAAUAGCAAACACAAUGAAUUUGAGAUUUCAGAUAUGUUAAGGAGGUACGGCUGGAUCGUUCCGGCGUAUACAAUGCCGCCGGAUGCUCAACAUGUCACCGUGCUACGAGUUGUGAUAAGGGAAGACUUCUCUCGUACUCUGGCAGAGCGUCUUGUGAAUGAUAUCCAGAAGGUUUUGCAUGAGCUUGAGUCCCUACCUUCGAAAAAGGUUUCAAUCAGUGGAGAUGGUAAAGUAGUUGUGAAGAAAACUGCUUUAGAGACUCAAAGGGAGGUCACCUCUGUUUGGAGGAAGUUUGUGAUGGAAAGGAAGAAGAUGAAUGUUGUUUGUUAAAAGAUUUCAUCAAAAUCUAAGAUCAAUUCUCUGGCCUGUUCUUCAGUACUAUGAAGACAAUUGCUGAUGGAGUUCAUGACCCUUCCUUUAACAAACUUGGAAAGAAAAUUUUGAUUUCUUUGUUUUUUUCUUUUCUCCUUUGUUCGGUUGAUGGUUUAAUGCUUAUAAUACUGUAUGUGCAUCAAGUUGAAUAAUUAUAAUGCAUUUUUUGUUUGAUGAAGAAUAUCUUUAUAAGAAGGUUUCAUAUUUUUAGCAUUCCUACUCCUGAAAUCUAGCUC